AUGCGCACUGAUGUUUUUCAGUUCCUGCUGCACAUGAAUUUUGCUAAGGCUUUGAGCCAGUUUAUCCAGUCGCAGAAUAUACGGGAUUUGAAGGUGUGGACGAGUCAGAUGAAGAGGACUAUACAGACGGCAGAAGCUCUGGGUGUGCCAUAUGAACAGUGGAAAGCUCUCAAUGAAAUUGAUGCCGGCGUUUGUGAGGAGCUCAUGUAUGAGGAGAUCCAGCAGAGAUAUCCGCAGGAGUUUGCAUUACGUGACCAGGACAAAUAUCGUUAUCGCUAUCCCAAAGGAGAGUCUUAUGAAGACUUGGUUCAACGGCUGGAACCUGUGAUCAUGGAGUUAGAACGGCAGGAAAACGUUCUAGUCAUCUGUCAUCAGGCCGUCAUGAGAUGCCUGCUGGCCUACUUUCUGGACAAGACUGCAGAGGAAUUGCCUUACCUGAAAUGCACUCUACACACAGUAUUGAAGUUAACACCAAUGGCCUAUGGUUGUAAGGUGGAGUCAGUCUGUUUGAACGUGGAUGCUGUGAAUACGCACCGAGACAGACCAUCGAACGUAGAUGUGUCACGGCUGCCGGAAGAGGCUUUGUUAACAGUGCCAGAUCAUCAUUGACAGUACCUCGUUCCUCUCUUUCUCACACACCAUUAUCCCAUUCCCGUUCCCCUUUCUUAGGAAUGUAGACAUUCAUACAUUCCUAAAUGCUUCUACGGCAUUUUCUGAAAUCAGGGGCAAUUUUUACAGCUCAGUAAAUGCCUUUUGAAUUACAACUCAGAAGUGAAGAACUCUUGAGAUGAUUAUGUACAGAAUUAACUUUAAAAAAAAAUUAAUUCAGUAUGCGUUCUUGUGUUCAUUGACAACGUGUUAAUACUAAAUUGCAAUUUAUCAUGAAUGCGCACUGAUGUUUUUCAGUUCCUGCUGCACAUGAAUGUAACUGCUGCUAUGAAAGAACACCAGUCACUCCAGUAGCAUGUGAUAUUUAUUUAUGGUGCAUAUGUAAAUUAGUUUGGGAUUUGGCUGGUUAAUUUGACAUUAUUGUCUUAAAAGUUAGAAUGUGUGUCAUGUAUAGGUCAAAUUUGAAGCAGAUAGAGCCUUAUCUUGGAAAGAAAUUUUAGAUUAUUUUAGAUAUUUACAUAAUUUAUAGUACAUUUUUCAGUUUUGUGAAACACUAAGGAAUGUUAUGAUGUGAAACUCUCCUCUGGUAACUGAGGAGGAGGAAACAUCUCUACUGUAAUGCCUAUUUGCGAUGCUAAUAAAAUGUAUUUAAAUAGUGAAAUCCUGUCUCUCUUUACAUUCACCCACAAUUCUGUCUGUCGCUGAAGAACAAAGACAACAACUUCUGAAACAUCUAAAACAUAACUGCACCACACUGCAAAAAAA